CGAGGGGGAGGCGGGCCGAGGGGGCGGGCGAGGGACGCGGGACCGCGGGGAGGUCGGGGGCGGGGAGCAGGAGCCGCGGGCCCCGGGAAGAAAAGAACAUGGCUCCUGCAGCGGGCAGCGCCGAGCGGGGCACCGGGCGAGGGCGCGCCUGGAGCCAGUGACCGCGAUGGUGAACUCGAGCCGCGUGCAGCCGCAGCAGCCCGGGGACGCCCAGCGGCCGGCGGCGCCCCGAACGGCGGGCCCCGGGCGGCUGAUGGCGGGCGGCGGGGCCGCGGGCGCUGGCCUCGCGGCCCCGGGCGGCCUCCGCGAGCAAAGGGGCCUGGAGAUCGAGAUGGAGCGCAUCCGGCAGGCGGCCGCGCGGGACCCUCCGGCCGGAGCCUCGGCCUCUCCCUCUCCUCCGCUCUCGUCGUGCUCGCGGCAGGCGUGGAGCCGCGACAACCCCGGCUUCGAGGCCGAGGAGGAGGAGGAGGAAGACGAGGUGGAGGGAGAAGAAGGGGGCAUGGUAGUGGAGAUGGACGUGGAGUGGCGCCCGGGCAGCCGGAGGUCCGCAGCCUCUUCGGCCGUGAGCUCCGCGGGCGCCCGGGGCCGGGGGCUGGGGAGCUUCCACGGCGCCGGCCAUCCGAGCGGGAGGCGGCGCCGGCGAGAGGACCAGGGCCCGCCGAGCCCCAGCCCGGCCGGCGGCGGGGACCCGCUGCACCGCCACCUCCCCCUGGAUGGGCAACCGCCCCGAGUGGCCUGGGCCGAGAGGCUGGUUCGCGGGCUGCGAGGUCUCUGGGGAACAAGACUCAUGGAGGAAAGCAGCACCGACCGCGAGAAAUACCUUAAAAGUGUUUUACGGGAACUGGCCACGUACCUCCUUUUCCUCAUCGUCUUGUGCAUCUUGACCUACGGGAUGAUGAGCUCCAGUGUGUACUACUACACCCGGAUCAUGUCGCAGCUCUUCCUGGACACCCCCGUGUCCAGAACGGAGAAGACCAACUUUAAAACGCUUUCUUCAGUGGAAGACUUCUGGAAGUUCGCAGAAGGCGCCUUGUUGGACGGGCUCUACUGGAAGACACAGCCCAGCAACGGAACGGAAGCCCACAACCGAAGCUUCAUCUACUACGAGAACCUUCUGUUAGGGGUUCCUCGUAUACGGCAGCUGAGAGUCAGAAAUGGAUCCUGUUCCAUCCCCCAGGACUUGAGAGAUGAGAUUAAAGAGUGCUACGAUGUCUACUCCGUCAGCAGUGAGGACAGGGCUCCAUUUGGUCCAAGAAAUGGAACCGCUUGGAUCUACACAAGCGAAAAAGACUUGAAUGGGAGUAGCCACUGGGGAAUGAUCACGACGUACAGCGGAGCUGGCUAUUACCUGGAUUUGUCGAGAACAAGAGAGGAAACGGCCGCUCAGCUGGCUCACCUCAGGAAACACGUCUGGCUGGACCGAGGAACCCGCGCAACGUUUAUUGACUUUUCCGUGUACAACGCCAACAUCAACCUGUUCUGUGUGAUCAGGUUAUUGGUCGAGUUCCCAGCCACAGGCGGAGUGAUUCCAUCUUGGCAAUUUCAGCCUGUAAAGCUGAUCCAGUAUGUCACAACUUUCGACUUCUUCCUGGCAGCCUGCGAGAUUAUCUUUUGCUUCUUUAUCCUUUACUAUGUGGUGGAAGAGAUACUGGAAAUCCGCAUUCACAAGCUGCACUAUUUCAGGAGUUUCUGGAAUUGCCUGGAUGUUGUGAUCAUUGUGCUCUCAGUGGCCGCUAUAGGAAUUAAUAUCCACAGAACAUCAAAUGUGGAGAUGCUGCUACAGUUUCUCGAAGAUCAAAAUACUUACCCCAACUUUGAGAAUCUGGCAUACUGGCAAAUCCAGUUCAACAACAUAGCUGCUGUCAUAGUAUUUUUUGUCUGGAUUAAGCUCUUCAAAUUCAUCAGCUUUAACAGGACCAUGAGUCAGCUCUCCACAACCAUGUCUCGGUGUGCCAAAGACCUCUUUGGCUUUGCAAUUAUGUUCUUCAUUAUUUUCUUAGCAUAUGCCCAGUUGGCAUACCUUGUCUUUGGCACUCAGGUUGAUGACUUCAGCACCUUCCAAGAGUGUAUCUUCACUCAAUUCCGUAUCAUUUUGGGUGAUAUCAACUUCGCAGAGAUUGAGGAAGCUAAUCGCGUUUUGGGACCAAUUUAUUUCACUACAUUUGUGUUCUUUACGUUCUUCAUUCUCUUGAAUAUGUUUUUGGCCAUCAUCAAUGAUACUUACUCUGAAGUUAAAUCUGAUUUGGCCCAGCAGAAAGCUGAAAUGGAACUCUCAGAUCUUAUCAGAAAGGGCUACCAUAAAGCCUUGGUCAAGCUAAAACUGAAAAAAAACACUGUGGAUGACAUUUCAGAGAGUCUGCGACAAGGCGGCGGCAAGUUAAAUUUCGAUGAGCUUCGACAAGAUCUCAAAGGGAAGGGCCAUACGGAUGCAGAGAUUGAGGCAAUAUUCACAAAGUAUGACCAAGACGGAGACCAAGAACUGACUGAACGUGAGCAUCAGCAGAUGCGAGACGACUUGGAAAAAGAGAGGGAGGACCUGGACUUGGAGCACAGCUCUUUACCACGUCCCAUGAGCAGCCGAAGCUUCCCCCGCAGCCUGGACGACUCUGAGGAGGACGAUGACGACGACAGCGGCCACAGCUCCAGGAGGAGGGGGAGCAUCUCCAGCGGGGUUUCUUACGAAGAGUUUCAAGUCCUGGUGAGACGGGUGGACCGGAUGGAGCACUCCAUUGGCAGCAUCGUGUCCAAGAUUGAUGCAGUGAUAGUGAAGCUGGAGAUCAUGGAGCGGAACAAACUGAAGAGAAGAGAGGUGCUGGGGAGGCUGCUGGACGGCGUGGCCGAGGAUGAAAGGCUGGGUCGUGACAGUGAAAUCCACAGGGAACAGAUGGAACGGCUGGUGCGAGAAGAGUUGGAACGCUGGGAAUCCGAUGAUGCGGCGUCCCAAAUAAGUCAUGGUUUGGGCACACCCGUGGGACUCAAUGGUCAGCCUCGCCCCAGAAGCUCCCGCCCUUCUUCCUCCCAGUCUACAGAAGGAAUGGAAGGUGGAGGUGGAAAUGGCAGUGCCGAUAUCCACGUGUAGGACAAGUGCUUUUAACAGUGUAGAAGGUGGGCGAGGUGGUUGACGAAUCCGACUAGGAACCACGAGGUUGCGGGUUCGAUCCCUGGCCUCGCUCAGGGGGUUAAGGAUCCGGCGUUGCUGUGAACUGUGGUGUAGGUCGCAGAUGCGGCUCGGAUCUGGUGUAGCCGGGGCUGUGGUGUAGGCUGGAGGCUACAGCUCCAAAUGGACCCCUAGCCUGGGAACCUCCAUAUGCCUCGGGCGCUGCCCUAGAAAAGAUGCAAAAGACAAAAAAAAAUAGGUUAGAAGGUGAAUGUCCCAAAUUGCCAUGACAAGUAUGCUAUUUAUAUGCCCUGACCACCGUAUGAGGCUGGUCUUUGGGACCAACCAUCAUUUCUUCUGCACUUUAAUUUAUUUUAGAUAAACUUUGCCCAUGGAUCAAAAAAGUCUUUUUUUUUUCUUUUCUCAUAUAAGAAAUCUAGGUGUAAAUAUUGAGUACAGGAAAAAAAAGAUCUCUGUAAAGUCUAUUGAGUGGGACACCCACUUGCUGCCAUGACUGAGUCUCCUCAGUCGACGAUGAAGUAGCCUUUGAAAGCUAGAACUCUCAAAAGGCUUCUGAGUUUAUUUCCAAUCACAAAAAAAAUCAGGAUUGUCAUUUUUGCCGAGUGUGUGAAGGGAAAAUAGGGGCAUUCCUUUCCACUCAGGCUUAGCUCAUGGGCUGAAUGCAUAGCUUUCUUUUAAGAAAGGAGCCUUGUAUUUCAACUACCUUCCUGGGGUACCCUUUUCUAAAAGAUGAGCUAGAAAAGAACCCCAAACCCUAGAAUGGGUACGUAGUCAUUAUGCUAGCAUUUGUAUGAAUGGUUACGAUAAAUGUUGAACACUAUGCUUUUUUGUUAUCAUAUCUAAUGCCUGUGGGAUAUUUUGCUUAGUUUUUAUACUAUUUUCACUCUCACUUGAAAUGAGCUGCAUAAAACUACCAAAGAGUAUGGGUUAAAAUGUCAUUUCUGGAGAGUUCCUGUUGUGGUGCAGCAAAAGCGAAUCCAACUAGCAUCCCUGAGGAUGCAGGUUUGAUCCCUGGCCUCGCUCAGUGGGUCCGGGUUCAAGCGUUGUUGUGAGCUGUGCUAUAGGUCAGCAGCUGUAGCUCUGAUUCGACCCCUAGCCUGGGAACUUCCAGAUGCUGUGGGUGUGGCCCUAAAAGGAAAAAAAAAAAAUCUCUGACCAUCAUAUAGGAGAACUGGAAGGA